CUGCACUGGUUCUCCACCGCGGUCCUGUACGCCGCCUUCCUGGGGCUGGGAAUGAGUGUUGCUAUCCUGGGGCCUACGUUUCAGGAUCUGGCAGACAACGUCAACAGAAACAUCAGCAGCCUGUCUCUGAUAUUUGUGGGCCGCGCCACUGGGUUCUUGUGUGGCAGCAUGAUGGGCGGGGUUCUCUUUGACCACAUGAAUCAGUUCUUUCUUUUGGGAGCAUCUAUGGUGGCAACUGCGGUUUCGCUUUAUCUCAUCCCAUUCUGCAAGACAGCAGUCUUACUGAUCACUGCCAUGUCUGUCUUUGGAGCUUCCGUCGGUGUUGUGGAUACGGGUGCAAAUGUCCUCAUCUUGGCUCUUUGGGGAGACAAAGGAGCCCCACACAUGCAGGCCUUGCACUUCAGUUUCGCCUUGGGUGCAGUUCUGGCUCCCCCGCUGGCUAAGUUGGCCUGGGGUACAGCAGCAUCUGCUCAGAACCACACCGAGUCCGACUUUAACUCUCUAGUGCUGAACCGAUCCUCCAAAGCCGCUUCAGACUCUGUGUUCGCGGUACCCGAUGACAUGAAUCUGCUGUGGACAUAUGCUUCUAUCGGCACCUACGCUUUAGUAGUUUCUUUCUUUCUGUUUGGUCUGUUUUGUAAGAAACAUUCAAGGCAGGAAAAGUCCGCAGCAUCUGCUCAGGGGGCUCGAAGGGCUAAAUAUCACAGGGCCCUGCUGUGCCUCCUCUUCCUCUUCUUCUUCUUCUAUGUGGGAGCCGAGGUGACCUAUGGCUCUUACGUAUUCUCCUUCGCCACCACCCACGUCGGCAUGGAAGAGAGCGAGGCAGCUGGCUUGAACUCCAUCUUCUGGGGGACCUUUGCAGCCUGCAGGGGCCUGGCCAUCAUUUUUGCAACGGUCUUACGGCCUGGAACCAUGAUCGUUCUGAGCAACAUAGGCAGCCUGGCCUCGUCUUUCUUUCUGGUGCUUUUUGAUAAGAAUUCUCUCUGUCUCUGGAUCGCGACUUCUGUGUAUGGAGCCUCAAUGGCAACCACGUUUCCCAGCGGCAUCUCCUGGAUUGAGCAGUACACCACCUUAACUGGGAAAUCUGCAGCAUUCUUUGUAAUUGGCGCUUCUCUGGGAGACAUGGCCAUUCCUGCAGUCAUCGGAAUUCUUCAGGAACACUACCCAGAUCUGCCAGUGGUUCUGUACACAUGUCUGGGCUCAGCCAUAUUCACGGCUGUUCUAUUUCCUGUGAUGUAUAAAUUAGCCACGUUACCCCUGCAACGACAGCGCAAAGGAAGACAGAAGAUCGAGGACCAGAAAGCUUUGCCUACUAGUUCUAGGCUGUGAGGAAGAGACUACAGGAGAACAUUAACAAAAAUUUUUAAAAAGUAAUGAAACAGACUUUGAAGUUGUAGUAUCCACGAGGCCAUCUGUGACGGAGACAUCUGGAAACAUUGUGAUGGAACCCACAAAAGGGCCUUUCGACUAAGUUCUCUGCAGUUAAUAAA